AUGUCCUCCGUUACGCCAUCAGAAGCUAGUCGCUCUUCAGUUUCGCACAACAUCGUCCAGGACCAACAUGUGACCACCAAUAGCGAAACUGCUUUGGUUUUACACCCCGAUCUGGUUGAAGAAGAACGUGUCAGGCGUGAGCAUGUAUUGACUAAUGCUCACUCACUUUUGGAUAGCCAGGGCCUGGGCAAUGUUUGCAUUGACGUUGCAUUGAGUACAAGGCCCUCUCUACAAAUUGAUACUGCAAAAAAUGGUAAGGAACCUGCGCUCAUCGCUUUGCUCAAUUUCUCAUCCAGUUGCUGCGCCAGCCCAACCAUAAUUUACCCCGCGGGCUCUCUUCAAGAGCGAUUUCACGAGCAAAGUGAACACCAGUCUGUCGCGCAGACGACUGGGCAGUCUGAACAGAGUCCCCGGAAACCAAUUCCCGCCCAUUGGCUUCCCAAAGCCGCCAGUCCAAAACUUGCGACUGCACAACGUGCGAAAGAACGAACACUGAAGAAAAGCUCUGAUAGUGGCUCUCCAGGAUAUGCGAAGGGAAUUCGUGCAACGCGAAGCUCCGUGGACUUGGGUAGAUCUCAUGGCAGAGAGGGUACAACGUAUCUAACAAAAGAGGCUCUGGAAGCCGUUGAAACCACAAUGAUGUCCCAUAGACAACAUACAAGUUCUUUCAAAUCUUCUAGUUCUGCUUCGAAGCCAGCAUGGAACAGCCCUACAUCGCCGCUACGCAGUGUUGCACGCCAGCAGUCCGGGUGUUCGCUCAAGAUAUCACCCACAAAGUCAUCGCAUCUCCAAAACAAGUCUACAGCAGCGGAUCAUUCGCGAGUAUCGAAUAGUGUUUAUGCCUCCACGAGCAAGACUUCGUUUCGUACCACGGAUAGCUCACCGCAUAAAUCUCGGAAUGUCAACACAGCACCGGUCUUGCCGGAGAAAUUCAAGGGUGAGAACCAACCAAUCUCCAAGGCCAAGGGUUCUCUUCGUAUCGUUGUGCCAAAUGCAAGUACAGGCUACGACAAAGAUUUUAGAGCAUUGGGCCCAAAGGCUACAAAUGCUUCUGACAGUAAUGGUUCGAUGAGUCUAGUUUCUACCGCAAGCAUAUCUCGCAUUCCUCGCGUCGGCACAACAAACAAGGACCAGAACUCAUCCCGUAUUUCCGCCCUGCAGCGAGCAAAGUCUGUGGUAGAGACCAUGCGAUCAAAAGCAAAUAUCCUCGUAGAUAUUCCUGUGGUAUCAAACGAGAAAACUCGGUCGAACACGCCCAUGCCUGAUAUCUCACGUGGCCAUUUGGGCGAAAACACUCAUCCAAAUCCUAUAGACUCUCAGCAUCAAAAUCUUGACCUCGAAACGAAAGAAGAGGGAAGUCCACACGAGAUUGUAACUCAAGACCACCAGCUAGCGCAUGCUCAUUUUCAUAUUUCAGCUAAGCCAGCGGACCAUGUUGAAAUUGGUUUGUGUCAAGCUGAGAGCCAUCAACCUGGAUCCAACCCAGUUGGACUCCUUGGGUAUUCAGGCCACGUCCCAAACACUCCACCAUUUCUGAAGGCUUUUCGCAGGGCCACAAUCAGCGUUUGUGAACAAGAAUCUCGAAAUGCCGCACACCUAACUCUUGUGGAUCCUGCGGUAGUUUACAGCUUUGGAAAAACGGAUGAUUUUGGCAAUAAUUGCAUCGAUACUUCUUCCAACAGCGCAGCUUCUACAGCCCCUGGGCAUGCAUAUGUUGGUGGGAAUGCUGAGCCGAUACAUGGAACCGGUGAGGGUGGUACAUCUGGCCCGGGGAAUCAAGUCGACAACGAACAUCAAACACAAACUAGUGUAUGCUCAGAUCUCCGCCCGACUGCCACUGAGUUUGUACCCAAAAUGAUGCUUACAUCUGGCUCGACGGAGCUUGCGACUGAGCUUGCGACUGAGCGUGCGACCGAGCGUGCAGCAGUAGCUUCCCUUCAAGAUGUUGCUGGCCUACCAGACAUGACGGUGCUCGAUAGAAAUGGUAUACCGUUUCUCUGGUACAUGUACGGUAUCCAGUUUGCCUACGAACAGGGCUUCAGGAACGGCCGACCCAAGUCUCCUCGGAAGUUCAAGCCUAAGAAAAUACGCAGUCCAGCAUUGUCAUCUGGUGAUGCUUUGCAUUCCCACUCUCAUGAAAGUCCCGCUAUUACGAUGAGAAUCGCUGAUCCAAUUUCUACAUCAGCAAAGCAGGAAGUGCCUUCUACAGAGCUUGCGUUGCGUUCGACUGUAUCUGUUCACGACCCCUGCCCAAUCUACAGUCAAGAAUUGAUUCAGCCAAACUCCCACGAUGACGGGCCAAUGCACGGAUCCUGUGGUGCUGUGACAAACCAGCCUUUCGCGAACCAAUUCGACAAGAUCGUCGAGUACACCGGUACCAGGAGCAACAACACUCCCCGCCACUACAACAUUGACUUCACCAAGAUACAAAACGCCGGUUUCCCCACGGGCCCACGCAGCAUGCAGGGUCACGUGUAUCACAAAAUGUCCCGAUACGACUAUCGGAACCACCGUCGUCUCGGAAACGGUUUGUAUGGCGGUCGAGGGAACGCCGCUGGCAUUCCUAUAGGAGCUACCGCGCCGUUUCCCAACCCAGUCCCUCCUCAAGGCCGCCCGGAUCAGAUUCACAACCACAACGGAGGCAUGAGCGACUACACUGAGCAUUCGAUUGGAACUGAGGCGUGCGGCAUGGUCGAUAUAGUAUCUGCGACUGAAUUGAUUGGUGGUCGGCCAUGCAACGCGUGUGAUCCUGGUCACUAG